AUGGCGUAUCUGAAAGUAUCCGGAACCAAGAUUGUCGACCAGAAUGGCAAGGAAGUCAUUUUACGCGGUGCAGGGAUCGGAGGAUGGAUGAAUAUGGAGAACUUUAUAUCCGGGUAUCCCGGUUGUGAGUUCCAGAUCCGCGCCGCUCUAGCGGAUGUUGUGGGGAAGGAGAAGUCUGAGUUCUUCUUUGAUAAAUUCCUUGAAUACUUCUUCCAGGACGCAGAUGCUGCAUUCUUCAAAAGCCUUGGCCUGAACUGCAUUCGCAUUCCGUUCAACUACCGACAUUUCGAAGAUGACAUGAAUCCGCGUGUCCUCAAACCGGAGGGAUUCAAGCACCUUGAUCGAGUGAUCGAUCUCUGUUCUAAGCAUGGUAUCUACACCAUUCUAGACUUGCAUACUGCCCCAGGCGGGCAAAACACAGACUGGCACUCAGAUGCUGGCACGCACAUUGCCAACUUCUGGAACCACAAGGAUUUCCAAGAUCGGACUGUAUGGCUUUGGGAAGAGCUCGCGAAACACUACAUUGGCAACACGUGGAUCGCAGGAUACAACCCGCUCAACGAGCCCACAGACCCCUACCAUACGCGCGUUGUCGACUUCUACGAUCGCAUAUAUCAAGCGAUUCGCAGGAUUGACCCGCACCACGCGCUCUUCUUCGACGGCAACACGUUUGCAUCUGACUUCUCGCACUUCGGCGACGUAUAUAAACGUUGGGAAAAUAGCGCGUACUCCAUCCACGACUACACUUUGUUUGGCUUCCCAAGCUCUCCUGAGCAGUAUGUGGGCAACGAGACCCAGCUGCACCGCUUGCGGCGUAGCUACGAGAAGAAGCGGGAGUGGCUGGAUGAGAGGGGGCUCUGUGUAUGGAAUGGUGAGUGGGGGCCGGUCUAUGCACGCAAGGAGUACGAGGGCGAGAGGACCGACCUCAUCAACGAAGAACGCUACAAAGUCCUCAAAGAUCAGCUUGGCAUUUAUAACAAAGACCGUUUGAGCUGGUCCAUCUGGUUAUACAAAGAUAUCGGCUUCCAGGGCAUGGUUUACGUCUCCCGCAGCACUCCAUACAUGACGCUCUUCAAGGACUUCCUUGCUCAAAAGCAUCGCCUUGCGAUCGACGCAUGGGGUGCAGAUGACUCGCAAGUCCGACACAUCUACCAGCCGCUCAUCGACCAUGUGCUGCGAGAGGUACCUCCAGAGCACCAGAACUUGUAUCCGUUCCCAGUUUGGAAGCUCUCUGACCGCGUCGGUCGUCUGUCUCGCAACAUCCUCGUGUCGGAAUUCCUGGUGAAACCAUGGGCAGAGCACUUCAGGGGCAAAAGCGAGAAGGACUUAGAGGAUAUUGCGAAGAGUUUUGCUUUCGAGAACUGUCUGCACCGUGAAGGGCUCAACAAGAUCUUGACGGAUAACGCGAGUUUGGUGGCGGAGUCGUAA